GCCAUGCGAUAGCGGAGCCAAACGACUUGGCUGGAGACGGAAUAAACAAGUCCCCUCAUCCCAUCGGGCUCGUCAGUCUCGCGACUCUGUUGACGGUAAUGUCGUGCCUUGAGGAUCUUCCUUUCAAGAAGAAGCGUUAUAUCUCCUUUGUCAUCACCUAUGCCUCGAACUUUCUCGGCGGCACAGAGUUCGCGAUUAUCCUGCCGUCAGUAUGGAAGUACUUGCAGCAAAUGGGUGUCACAGACGAAGUGUAUCUCGGCCUGGUUACCUCUUCAUUCAGUCUGGCGGCGCUGUUCUCGGGGAUAUUGGUGGGAUAUUGGGCGGAUAGGAGCCGCAACGUGAGAAAGAUCGCUCUCACCAUGAAUCUCUUCCAGAUCGUCGGAAAUCUUCUCUAUUUCAUCGGUUUCUCCCCUUGGGUCCUCCUCCUCGGCCGAUUUCUCUCCGGAACCGGGGUGGGAAUGAAUACGGCGCUGUAUGCAGAGGUGAGCCGAUCGACGACAUCCGAGGAAAGGACUCCUGUUCUCACGGGCAUCUUUGCCAUGAGGCAGAUCAGCAUCAUCCUCGCACCGGCCUACAAUCUCGCUCUCGCCAACGUGAAUUUCCAGCUGGGAAGGAUCCAUGUAACAGAGGAAAACAGCCCUGGACUCCUCAUGGCAAUAAUCUACGUUAUCUUUGAGGUGGUGGUGUUCUUUCUCUUUUUCAACCUGUCGGAAGAGUAUCGGAGGGAGGAGGAGAGGCAGAGGAUAGCGAGGGAGACCCGAGUUGCUUAUGGUUCUUUCGAUCCCAGGACUUCAAUCGGAGAAGGAUCGGAAAAGAAACCCCUUGUAAAGCAAUCCUCUUUCUCAUCGUCUUCCGACGCCAUCGAAGAGGGAGAAGAGUUGAGUAAAUCUAACCCAUCAUCACCGAGGGCGGAUGCCCCCACGAUGGAGGACGAAACCCACUUCAACGCCCGACAGCUCUACCGAAAAGAGUUCCUGAAGCUGCCGGUGAUUGUCCUGCUGCUCACGCAGAUGACGACCUUUCUCUGCCAAACUCUUGUUGAGACGAUCAUCCCACCAACGAUGCAAACGGAUUUCGGGCUGGGUAACCUGGGGAACAGUUACCUUUAUAUGGCGAUCGGCGGGGAGAGCAUUCUCGUCUACAUCAUCGUUAUCUUUGCCUCCAAACGUGGAUUUCAGGAUCGAAGCAUCAUAAUCUGCGGCUCAGUUUUAAUCCUCUACGCCCUCGCUCAUCUCCUCGUCGUUGCCUACUUUAUUCUCCAAAAUGUGCCGAAUCUCCUACCGUACUUCGCUGCGGGAUGCAUGAUGAUGUUCCUGGGUGUACCUGCGGUGUCCGUGUCUACCAUGAGCCUCAUCACGAAGCUCAUCGAUCGACGAGCGCAGGGCCUCGGUCAAGGAAUCCGAAGGACGUUCACCUUUCUAGGGAUCAUCAUUGGACCUUUGUGGGGUGGACUAUUCGUGUUUCAACCUCUUCCCCUUUACAUCCUCCCCCUCGUCAUCGUCGUCCUUUAUUUCAAGCUCCCUUUAACAUUGUCGUGGCUCUCAAGUUUUGAGAAGAAUUGGGAGGAGCCCCACGUGAAGAAGGAUUGUUCCAUUCUCAUGUGCGAUUCCUCCGUCAUGGGCGGCGCCAUAUUUAAAACGCGCCAUCUAGCAGAGGCGUAG